UAUUUUUUUUCCACGAUGAAAUUUUGUAGCAAUCCUUUUCCCGAAGUCGGAAUAAAAAAUGGAAUUUUUGUCGUAAUUCCUCAAACAUCAUUGUUUCAAUUCUUCUUCUUGUUUGACCCUUCAAAUCCAAACCCAAUGGGUUCUCUGUAAAAAGCCACCACCCAUUGUUUCGAACACUACCACGGACCAACAAUGAGUUCUUCUCUAGCAAAGAUCAGAAUCCUACUGCUCGUCGCCGCCGUCUUCUUUGGUGGCGCCGUCGUCCCCACACGGUGCCUCUAUUUCAACUUCCCAAGUUUCCCCAAUAACAGUACCGAGGACCUCAAUCUGUACAACAAUGCUCGAAUCUUCAAAGACGCCAUUCAAGUCACGCCGGACGUUAGAGGAGCUUCGAUCGCCAAUGAAUCCGGCAGGGCCGUUUACAAAGUCCCAUUUCUGAUAAGAAACAACGGCAAAAUCGCGUCAUUCAACACGACAUUCGAGCUCAACAUCAGCCCAGUGUCUACGCCAGUCGGCGGCGAGGGGUUGGCCUUCAUUCUCGCUGCCGAUGGUUCUCCUCCCGCUGACAGCGACGGUCAGUGGCUGGGGAUUGUUAAUGCCUCGACAAAUGGAACUCCAGAGGCGCAAAUUGUGGCGGUUGAAUUCGACACCAGGAAAAGUUUCCCACAGGACAUCGAUAGCAACCAUGUGGGUUUGAAUUUGAACAGUGUUUUUUCGAUCAUUGAACAGCCAUUAUCGGAAUUUGGGGUUAAUCUUUCAUCUGGGAUCUCUGUUUUCGCGAUGAUUCGGUACGAUGGAGAGAAUAUUUCUGUGUUCGUUUCCAUGUCGAACAAAACAGAGGAUCUGUUGAAAAACAACGUCAUUUUCCAGGUAUUGAACCUCUCAAUUCUUCCGGAUAAUGUUUACGUGGGAUUUUCAGGCUCGACGAGCGAUUUCACGCAGUUGAACUGUGUGAAAUCAUGGCAAUUCAAUGGAACUGAUGUUAGUGAUGGAAGACAUAAACGCCUCUGGAUUUGGCUCACAGUGGGUGUAGUUGGAGGUGUGGUGAUUUGUGGGGCUGUUAUUGGCCUUGUCUACCAUUUCUGGAUGAGGAAAAGAGUAUUGAAUUAUCCAGAAGAGCCAUAUGAAGGGAUAGAGCAUCAGCUUCAACACAUCUCCAUAGCCCCACGAGCUCAAAAGUUUGGAUUGAGAGAACUAACGAAGGCCACUGGCAAUUUCAACCCAAAGAACAGCCUUGGGAAAGGUGGUUUUGGAACGGUUUACAAAGGAAAUUUGAUGAACAGAGACGUCGCUGUGAAGAAAAUCUCAGAGGACUCGCGUCAAGGGAAGCAAGAGUUCAUUGCAGAAGUUGCUACCAUUGGUAGCCUUCAUCACAAGAAUCUUGUAAAGCUAAUUGGAUGGUGCUACGAAAAGAGGGAUCUUCUUCUGGUAUAUGAGUACAUGCCCAACGGCAGCUUGGACAAGCUGAUAUUUGGGUGUGACAAGAUGGGUGUGUCCAGCUGGGAAACAAGACAGAACAUAAUCUGUGGGGUGGCUGAGGCUUUGGAUUAUCUUCAUAAUGGGUGCGAGAAGACAGUGCUGCACAGAGAUGUGAAAUCUUCAAACAUCAUGUUGGAUUCCAAGUUCGAAGCUAAGUUGGGAGAUUUCGGAUUGGCUCGAACUAUGCGUCGAACCGACCAAACGCAUCACUCAACAAGAGAGAUAGCAGGGACACCAGGGUACAUGGCUCCAGAGAUUUUCCUAACCAGUAGAGCUACAGCAGAAACAGACGUGUAUGCGUUUGGAGUUCUAGUCUUAGAAGUUAUUUGUGGAAGAAGGCCUGGAAAUCCAUUGGACCUUGGGAGCUAUGAUGGCAGUAUAGCGCACUGGGUAUGGGAGUUUCACAAGGAACAAAGGCUCGUCGAAGCUGUGGAUGAAGGGCUUGAAGGGCAGUUCGUUAGAGAAGAAAUAGAGUAUCUAUUGAUUCUGGGUUUGGCUUGUUGCCAUCCCAAUCCUCUUCAAAGGCCAACCAUGAGAAAUGUUCUACAAGUGCUUAAAGGGGAAGCAAAUCCACCCAUUUUGCCUGAUGAGAGGCCUUCAUUUGUGUGGCCUCCCAUGCCUCCUUCCUUCAAGGAUGACACAGACAGCUCUCUCAAAGACAGCCAGCUCACUCCAUUUACAGAGCUUUCUGGAAGAUGAUCAUAAUUAUUGUUUAUAGUAUAUAGACAGUGUUUAGAUCCAAUAGAUCGUGUUUGUUUAGCCUAGUAUCUGGAACUCUCACCCUUCAUGUAAUCUGAGAGAUUCUAUCCCUUCCUAAUAUCUUUCCAAUCAAAGUAACAAAUAAUUUAAAGUAAACAAAAUGUAAUCUAAAAUUUACUAAAUACUAAU